AACAGCAGCAGCAGCCGCAGCAGCCGCAGCCCCGGCAACAACCCCAGCCCCGGCAGCAUCCGCAGCCCCCGCAACAACCUCAGUCCCGCCUGCUGCCGCAGCCCCAGUAGUCCCAACCUCGGGGACGGCAGCAGCAACAGCGGCCCCGACAGCACAGUUGUCUCCAGCGGCAGCAGCGGCUCCCAGGCUGGAGGCCCAGGGCCGCGAUCUCUGCCGGAGAAGGAGAGCCCAGGCCCCGGGAGCCGAGGUCCAGCGGGGCCUUAGGACCCCAAGGAACUACUGGGCAGGCUAGGGCACGCGGAGCCCGAGGCCCGCAGCGGCCCGAGAGCGGCGACCCCGGCUGCGCAGCGGCCUAGCACGGGUCGCGGCAGGCGGGGGGCCUCCGGAGGAGGCCGCGAGCCCUCCAGCGCGCGCCCCCCCACCCAGCCGAGCCCGCAGGCGCGCGAGCAGUGCAGCCCCCUCCCCUCCCCCGCUCGCAGAGGAGCCGAGUGGAGCCGAGCCCGCCGAGCUCCGGAACAGCAGAGGCAGAGGCGGCGGCGGCGUCAGCAGCGUCCGUCCCGGGCCCUCCGCGGACCAGGGCAGCGGCGCGGGGGGAUGGACCAUUGCGGCCCCGGAGGGGAGCUCCUGGCGGCCAUCGGCGAGCGGUGCCUGGGGCCAGACGAGGAGGCUCACGUGAAGGCGCCUCUAGGGAGCGGCAGCGGCGGCGGCGGCGGCGGCGGCGGCGGCAGCAGCGGCAGCGGCGGUGGCGAGAUGGGCGUGUCCGCCCACUUGCAGUCAUCCAAGGCCGGCACGACCCGGUUCUUCCGCAGCAACACGCACAGCUCGGUGGUGCUGCGGGGCUUCGACCAGCUGCGCGGAGAGGGCUUGCUGUGCGACGUGAGCCUGGUGCCGGGCGACGGCGAUGAUGCGUUCCCGGUGCACCGGGCCAUGAUGGCCUCGGCCAGCGACUACUUCAAGGCCAUGUUCACGGGGGGCAUGAAAGAGCAAGAUCUGAAGUGCAUCAAGCUGCACGGCGUGAACAAGGUGGGCCUGAAGAAGAUCAUCGACUUCAUCUACACGGCCAAGCUGUCGCUGACCAUGGACAACCUGCAGGACACUCUGGAGGCGGCCAGCUUCCUGCAGGUGCUGCCGGCCCUGGACUUCUGCAAGGUCUUCCUCAUCUCGGGCGUGUCCCUAGAGAACUGUGUGGAGGUGGGGCGGCUGGCCAACACGUACAACCUGACGGAGGUGGACAAGUACGUGAACAACUUCAUCCUGCGCAACUUCCCGGCGCUGCUGCACAGCGGCGAGUUCGAGAAGCUGCCCUUCGAGCGGCUGGCGGCGGCGCUGGCCAGCAACAGCCUCAAGCACUGUGGCGAGCUGGAGCUCUUCAAGGCCGCGUGCCGCUGGCUGCGCCACGAGGAGCCGCGCAUGGAGCUGGCGCCCAAGCUCAUGAAGAACAUCCGCUUCCCGCUCAUGUCGCCCCAGGACCUCAUCAACUACGUGCAGACGGUGGACUUCAUGCGCGCCGACAACACCUGCGUCAACCUGCUGCUGGAGGCCAGCAACUACCAGAUGAUGCCCUACAUGCAGCCCGUCAUGCAGUCGGAGCGCACCGCCAUCCGCUCGGACAGCACGCACCUGGUCACGUUGGGCGGCGUGCUGAGGCAGCAGCUGGUGGUCAGCAAGGAGCUGAGGAUGUACGACGAGAAGGCCAACGAGUGGAAGGCGCUGGCCCCCAUGGACGCCCCGCGCUACCAGCACGGCAUCGCCGUCAUCGGAAACUUCCUCUACGUGGUGGGGGGCCAGAGCAACUACGACACCAAAGGCAAGACGGCCGUGGACACGGUCUUCCGCUUCGACCCGCGCUCCAACAAGUGGAUCCAGGUGGCGCCCCUCAAUGAGAAGCGCACCUUCUUCCACCUGAGCGCCCUCAAGGGCCACCUGUACGCCGUGGGGGGCCGCAACGCGGCCGGAGAGCUGGCCACCGUGGAAUGCUACAGCCCCCGCAUGAACGAGUGGAGCUACGUGGCCAAGAUGAGCGAGCCCCACUAUGGCCACGCGGGCACCGUGUACGGAGGCCUCAUGUAUAUUUCGGGGGGAAUCACUCAUGACACUUUCCAGAAGGAGCUCAUGUGCUUUGACCCGGACACGGACAAAUGGACCCAGAAGGCGCCCAUGACCACGGUCAGGGGGCUGCACUGCAUGUGUACUGUGGGAGAGAAGCUUUACGUCAUCGGGGGCAACCACUUCCGAGGAACCAGUGAUUACGACGAUGUGCUCAGCUGCGAGUACUACCUGCCUGCCCUCGACCAGUGGACUCCCAUCGCUGCCAUGUUAAGAGGCCAGAGCGAUGUGGGCGUGGCCGUGUUCGAGGAUAAGAUCUAUGUGGUGGGAGGCUACUCCUGGAAUAACCGCUGUAUGGUGGAGAUAGUGCAGAAAUACGAUCCAGAGAAGGAUGAGUGGCACAAGGUUUUUGACCUGCCCGAAUCUCUAGGGGGUAUCCGGGCUUGUACCCUGACAAUUUUUCCACCAGAGGAAAAUACGGGGUCCCCUUCCCGAGAGUCCCCUCUCUCUGCCCCUUAAACCCGGGCCCUGGAGCCACUCGAUGUGGUCCUUCUCUGGAUCUGGGUCUGGGGGUGCCCCUCUUUAUCGUUGUCCUUGUUCUCAGUAGCUCUUAGUUAGCCUUAGCUUACAGUGACUGAAAAUGAUGUCAUUUGUGAUAUUUGUGUGUUGUAGGUGCUUCUCUGUGGUUAACAAAAGCAUCCUGAACAGCUUUAGAGCUGAAUGUUUAACCAGUGAAAAAGCCAGGUAUUGUGUCUCCCAGAUGUUUCAUUCCUGCUCAUCCCGACUUGGUGUGGCUGUGUGUUGGGUGGGAGGCCUCCAGCUGGCCAGCUUAUAGGAGGAAGCCCCACUGGUCCCCUUGCCAGAGGGAUGUCCUUUGUUCUGUGUGCUCCAGGGGGAGGGGGGGGAAUUUCCCUUUUUGUUUUGUGACUGCAAGUUGUUGAGAGGAGGCAGUCUCAGAUGAGCUGCUUCCCUCUGUUCUUGGAGUGUUUUGGCCAUCUCUCUCAGCCCACCUGACUAAGUGAGAUACAUUCCAAAUGCAGGAAAUUGCUUAGACCAGAAAAAAGUCAUUGCAUAAAUAGUGAUGUCAUUUUAAAAGGCCAGGCCUUAUCUCUCUGCCUAGAAUUUGCCAUCAUUGGUAUCCUUGUUUUGGGUUUAUUCAUUUUCUCAUUUAGGCACAUACAAGAGAAUUAGUAAGUUUUAAAAUUUAACAGUAACAACAAAUAUGAAUUUUAAAAAAACCUCUUCCAACAUUUUUUAUUUUUACUUUUAUUAAUUGACAGAGGAUUGAUUAUUUCUGAAUUUAGGGGGUUAGGGACAAGAAGCAGCUCCAGUUUUAGGCCCAUUGUUUCUUGGGUCCCAGUGAAUUUUCCCUGUUCUCCUUGGCUAUUGAUGUAACAUUACAUAGGUCAUGUCCUCUCCAGAGUUGCUGUUAAUAAGGUUACUUAGCACAAGAUGCACCUUCAUCCAGAAAGUGUCUUUGUUUCAGUGACUCAGAUUUCCAUAUUUUAUCUUUUGUUCAAUAAAACUUUAACAGAAAAAAAUGUAUGUUUCAUUCUGCAGCUUGAGUUUGUCACUUCUCUUUCAGGACUCAUAUAGCCUGCUACAUCCUCCAUCCUCUGCAAUCAUUUGUAUUGAUAAGUGUCAAUGAGCCUUUUUUAAGUUAUUUGUCUUUACAUUGCUGUAUGGUAUGAAUUUUCUCCUGGUUCUGCUCACUUCACUGCAUAUCAGUUCAUACAUAUAUGCCCAGGUUUCUCUGACAGUGUCUUUUUCAUCAUCUCUUACAGUAUUCCAUUACAUUCAUAUACCAUAAUUUUUUCAGCUGUUCCACAACUGAGGGUAACUUCCUUAGUUUCCAGUUCUUUGCUACUAUCACUAAGUGUUGCAGGAAGUAUAAUUUUUUGUACCUGUGGGUCCUUUUCCUUUUUUCUUUAUUCUCCUUGAAAUAUAGAUCUAGUAGAAGUAUGAUGGUUAAAGGGAUGCUUGAUUUAGGUACCUUGGGGGCAUAGUUCCCAACUGAUUUCCAGAAGAGCUAGAUCAGUUCAGCUUUACCAUAUACUGCACUAAUGUGCCUAUUUUCCCAAAGUAUCUUCAACAUUUGUCAUUUUUCUUUUUUGCCAUAUAGGCCAACCUAUGAAGUGUGAAGGAGAACCCCAGAGUUUCUUUAGUUUGUGUUUAGUCAGAUAUUAGCAAUUCUGAGCUUUUUUUUCCUCACGUGACUAUUUCUUCCCUUGAGAACUGCCCUGUUACAUCCUUUGACCAUAAAUUGAUAAUUUAUGAAUUUAGGAAUGGCUCUUAUUUUUAUAAAUUUGAAUCCAUUUCUUAUAUAUCUUUGAAAUGAGAUCUUUAUCAGAGGAAAUUCCUAUAAAGAUUUUUUCCCAGAUAAUUAUUUCCCUUCUAGUCUUAGGUAGCUUGGUAUUGAUUAUACAAUAACUUUUAAAUACAAUCAGAAUUUCUAUUUUAUCUUCUCUAUCCCUUGUUCGGUCAAAAACUGUUCCCCUAUCCAUAGAUGAGGAAAAACAAUUGCUUCCAUGUUCUUUUGGUUGGGUUUGUUUUUUUUUUAAUGAUAUUUCUUUUAUUUCUAAGUCAUAUGUAAAUUUGGAACUAAUCCCAGUGUAUGUUAUAAAAUGUUGUUCUAAAUUUAAUUCUGCCAGGCUAUCCAAUUUUCCCCAGCACUUUUUGUUCAUUGGUAAUUCCUCACCAAUGUAUCUGGCUCUUUUGAGUUCACUAUACACUAAAUUACCAGGUUUCUUUAAUUUUGUAUACUUUGAACCUAAUACAGUCUACUGAUUCACCUCUAUUUUUUUAACCAACACCAUUGUUUGAAUGAUUCCCCUCCUUACCAUUUUUUCUUUUUCUUUCUUUUUUUUAAAAUACUUAUAUUUCAUCUUGGAAUCAAUAUUGUGUAUUGGUUCCAAAGCAGAAGAUGGAUGAGGCUAGGCAAUUAGGGUUAAGUGACUUGCCCAGGAUCACACAGCUAGGAAGUGUCUGAGGUCAAAUUUGAACUGAGGACCUUCUGUCUCUAGGCCUGGUUUUCAAUACACUGAGUCACCUAGCUGCUGCCCCCUUACUAUUCGUUUUCCUUAUUUUCCUUAAUAUUCUAGACUUUUUGUUUCUCCAGAUGAAUUCCAUUAAAUUUUUUUUAGAUCUAUGAAGUAAUUCUUUGGUACUUUUAUUGCUAUAGCACUAAACAAGUAAUUUAGAUAACAUUGUCAUUUUCCCUGUUAUUGGCUUGGUUUAACCAUGAGCAAUGGGUAUUUUCUCUAAUUGUUAAAGUCUGUCUCUACUUCCUUAAAAUAAUAUUUUGUAGUCAUAUUCAUAUAGUUCCAUGUGUAUUUUAGUAGGUAGACUAGCAAGUAUUUUAUAAAUUUAAGUAGUUGUUUUAAAAAGAAUUUCUCCUUAUCCCUGCCUGCUGAAUUUUGUUGGUAAUAUACUGAAAUGUUGAUCAUUUAUGUGGAUUGAUUUUUCAUGGUACUUUGUUGAAAUUAUUGUUUACAUUAAUUUUUUAAGUUAAUUCUCUAGGGUUCUCCAAGUAAAUCAAUAUAUUAUGUGUAAAAAA